AUGGCUUCUUCACAAGAUUCCAGCUAUUCUCAAGCUCCUCGAGAUAAAGCCACAUCCUCCAGUCAGACCCUUAUCCCCGCACUUCCACCCUAUCAGACCCAAUAUGCCCUUCGUCCAAGACCAGCUUCUCCACCACCAGAGCAACCUUCUCUACGCACGAUUCUGGAUCGAGCACGCCCUAAUACCGGAGGCUUGGGUGGUCAAUUGCCAGGAGGGAGGCGCCUUCCAGUGUCGAGACUGGCGAAUGUUGAGAAUGUGGAAGGUGAAGUGAGGGAUUCUGUAGAUUUGGGUUCAGCCGCUGAGCAGGUUGAGGGGAUGGCGGAGCAGAGUGUUGGGGAGGCAGUUGAGGAUUCAAAUCUGGCACAAACAGAGGAAGUGGUAAGACAGACUGCCAUGGACGAAGAGGACGACACAGUUCUGACACAAGACCAUCAACAAGGUCAUCAAGAUCGACAAAGUCAACAAGACGACCCAGCCGAAGAAGGCAUAGCGGAACCAGUUCCCGAUGAAUACGAUAUGGAGGACCUAGUACGGGAUUAUCCAUAUGAAGCCAUCAUUGGGAGUGCUGAUGAUUCUGGAGCUCCUAAUAAUUCUUCUGUUCCUGCCAUUUCUGGAGCUCCCUCUCAUCUCCCGACUCCUGAUGAAGCUUCUCAAGUUGCUGAUGAUGACUUGGGUGGGAAUGAUUUAUCAAUGGAUCUGGAUUCAGACGCGGAAUAUGGUUUUGAAGGUGGUGAUCUGUUGAUGGAUCUGGAUAGCGAGUAUGGGGAUGAUUUUGACGAUGAUUUGAAUUUCGAUUUGGAGGAUGACUCUGAAGAACAUGAUGAGGAGGAGGAAGAGGAAGAUAUGGAUAACACGAUUCGGCAAAUCAUCAGGGAAGGGGGAGAGGUGGAAAUGGAUUAUAUGGAUGCGGAUGAUAUGUUGGAGGAUGAGUCGCUCGACGGAGAUGAGGAGGAGAAUGAAGUGGAAGAGGAAAGGGACUCAGUAGCAGCCGGUGUAGAUCUCGUCGCAUCGUCUUCGAUGGAGAAUAGCACAACUGAAUGA